AGAGGCGCCGCCAUUGCCGCCGCGCUCGGUGAACGCAUCCCGCUCGCCGAGCAGGGCCCUCGCGGGCCGCCGGCACCAUGGGCCAGUGCGGCAUCACCUCCUCUAAGACCGUGCUGGUGUUUCUCAACCUCAUCUUCUGGGGGGCAGCUGGAAUUUUAUGCUAUGUGGGAGCCUAUGUCUUUAUCACUUAUGAUGACUAUGACCACUUCUUUGAAGAUGUGUAUACUCUCAUCCCUGCAGUAGUGAUCAUAGCUGUAGGAGCCCUGCUUUUCAUUAUUGGCCUAAUUGGCUGCUGCGCCACAAUCCGAGAAAGCCGCUGUGGACUUGCCACGUUUGUCAUCAUCCUACUCUUGGUUUUUGUCACAGAAGUUGUUGUAGUGGUUUUGGGAUACGUUUACAGAGCAAAGGUGGAAAAUGAGGUUGAUCGCAGCAUUCAGAAAGUGUUUAAGACCUACAAUGGAACCAACCCCGACGCUGCUAGCCGGGCUAUUGAUUAUGUACAAAGACAGUUGCACUGUUGUGGAAUUCACAACUAUUCAGACUGGGAAAACACAGACUGGUUCAAAGAAACCAAAAACCAGAGUGUCCCGCUGAGCUGCUGCAGAGAGAGCGCCAGCAGCUGUAAUGGCAGUCUGGCCCACCCCACCGACCUCUAUGCCGAGGGAUGCGAAGCUCUAGUUGUGAAGAAGCUACAAGAAAUCAUGAUGCAUGUUAUCUGGGCCGCGCUGGCAUUCGCAGCUAUUCAGCUGCUGGGCAUGUUGUGCGCGUGCGUCGUGUUGUGCAGAAGGAGUAGAGAUCCUGCUUAUGAGCUCCUCAUCACUGGCGGAACCUAUGCAUAGUAGAACACGCAAGCCUGAGCUUUUUGGUCUUGUUAUUCUGAUUUGGAAGGCGAAUUGAGCAGGUCGACUGCAUUGGCGGCCUGAGUUCAUUUAGUUAAAGCACACAGGUGUUGGACAAAGCAGCUUGGCUCUUCAUGUGCCCACCUACUUCCCUACCCACCUACGAUUUUCUUUUCCUCUAGUCUAGCUGACUCUCCAUGUCCCUAAGUUUUUAAGUCUAGCAGUAUAUGUUCUAAUUUCAGAACCAUUUGCAGGUUGCAUAGUGUGGGAGAAUCAAAGGAGGGCCUGGGCCUGCUUCUGUUACCUCCAUGCAGUAAUGGGGAUGCUGCCAGAGUAUCACUGGGCCCUUUCAGUCUUCAUGAUGGAGAACUCGGGCCAAAAGUUUUUGGGGGAGAGGGGGAGGAAACCAGCUGCAGUUAAAGUUAACACCAGAUGGUGCCCCUCGUCAGUGUCCUUUUUAAAAAACAUAUACUGUAGUCCAAUAAGAUAGCAAAUGUAUAAAAUUGCUAAAAUAGAUUUUAGAAUCAUA